CCCUCUCGCCACAUUAUCCCCUCGACCGACCUGAUAUUUCGCGGUAGAUCGCUCUCUAUUCUCGGUCAAUAGUGUUAUGGAAGAGGGUACCAGUUCAUAUGCUGAGGAAGAGGCUACCAUUCCACACCCUCAGGAAAACCGGCGGAGCAAGACACCAUCUCGCUCACGACGUUGGACAAUGUCCGACUGGGGUUAUUUCUACAAGGCUAGUGCUGAUGUCCUUUCGUUCGGUCAGUCUCGAGAUGGAGACUUGUUCGAACUACUCGCCCCUAAGCGAGGGUUUGCGCCACGCAUGCAAAAGCUGUGCGAAGAACAGCUUGAGCAACUCCGAGAAAGGGUGGAUGCUGAUCCAGAAGAAGCAAGUGCUCUACUGCUGGAAAGGAAUACAUGGUGGUUAUUGCAAGAGCUUAUGACUCAACGCAAAGUCACCCCGGUCACGAACCCCCCCUCCGCCCGCACCUUGCUCUCCGAAAACCCCUACACGCCCACCCAAGUCCUCGGCGAUGCCAUCAUGAAAUGUUCUCCUACCCUCACCGAACUUAACAUCAUUCGUGAAUGGCUGCAAGAUUCUGCUCCAUCACCAUCAUAUUCAGAAGCUACGACAGGUUAUUGGAAGUUCACGAAGCAUAGGGUCUUGCAGGAUUUGAGGACAGGUAGUGCUGGUGCGGCAGGUGGCGUUGUAACAGAGAUGGAUCCGGAUGCGCCUGUGAGGGAAGAUACGGAAGGUAAAACAUUGGCAGCAGACGAUGCGAGUCACGAGAAAGCGCUGUCUCAAGCGAUUUAUGCUUGUAUACGAGCAGGAGCUACUAUGCAGGCGAUUGAGCUCUGUGAAAAGGCUCAUCAACCCUGGAGAGCAGCAAGUAUCCGUGGUUCUAUCGCCUUCGAGUGGAACGCUCUAACGAUGAAGAAGAAGCGUGCAGACGAGUAUGAUUCCAACGACGGGAUGGACCUGGACACACCAAAGGAUGAUAUGUGGAAUGGCAACAGACGGAGGAAGCUGUGGAAAGCCACAUGUAUCCGCGCAGCCCACGACCCUCACCUGACCGAAGCUGAACGUAUAGUCUAUGCCGCCCUUUGUCCUACACUCGAGACCGCCUCCAUCCUCUUAACCAGCGCAUGCCGAACAUGGGAAGACGUCGUAUGGGCUCAAGUCUCCGUGCUUUUCGAGGAGAAGCAGAACGAAGCUAUACGGGUGUUGGGUGGUGGUGGAUUUUGGGAAGAUGGGCUUGCGGCGGUGGAGAAAAGUGACAGGGAAGCGGAGAGCGGGGGAGACGAGGAUAUGGAUACGUCGGACGAAGAGUUCUUGGAUGAGAAGUGGAGGGACGAGAUGGUGAGGUCAUUGGCCGUACUGUCAACUGCACCUGUUCAGGAUGGGGUGAAAGCGGACCAUCCGUUCCAUCGAGUACAAUUGCGGAUCAUGCUUGAUCAGACCGGUUCGAUGCUAGACCAUUUUGCGGAGAAUUUGAGCGAUGGUGCAUAUGAUCCCAACGCUGCCGAUUACUCCACCAUGACCCGCUUCUUCGCCCACCUAUGCCUCUUUCUCCAGAUGAUCGACAUCUCCGUCUCCCCAGACGCUGUCCAAAUCAUUCUCGAAGCCUAUCUCCAAGUUCUCGAGGCCGCCGGUCAGAGAGACCUCAUCGCUCUAUACGCGUCCGCCCUCGGUGACAACGCAACUUCCCGUUAUGCCGCCUUCCUCACCUCCCUCGAUCUAAACACCACAGAAGACGAACGCCGUCAAGCGCUAUCUCGUGCUUACGAGCAUGGACUGGAUCCGGUACACGUAGCCGUGAUCACAGCUAAUGAGACGAUCAAAAAUACGCUGGACGCGCUACCUCCGUUGAUCAGGCUGCCAUUACCGUCGCCUUCAAUGUUAGGGACACAAGAGCCUGUGCCGAACGAUUGGGAGAGGACGCUGGCGAGGGCUUUAGAGUGGAGUACCGCUCAGGCAGAUACGUUUGGCGUAGCGUUAGGCCAUGCGUGUAUUGUGUUAAGGUAUUUCCUGGGAGCGGGACGGACAAAGCUGGCUCGACACACUCUCGAUUCUCUCCCUCAAGAAUUUAUGACCAUCAGCGAACCCGAAGAAGUAGCAACGGAGUAUCAAGACUACAGCCAGUUCUUCCUCAUCUGGGAUACCUUGGAUAGGAUCGCGGAAACGGCUGCAGCUGAGCCUACAUUGAGUAGGGAAUCGAAGGCAGCUUGGUUGAAUAGUUAUAAGAACAUGAUCACGCAGGCGCGGGAACAGCUCAUCACGUUGUUGACGACAGAUUGGUUACUUUCGGGCUCGGACGUGGAUGCGGAGGUUUCUGGCAUGUCAUUAUCGCCCGAGCGUCAUUUACGCCUGCAAGAGUUGAAGAGGAUCCGAGCUAUCUACGUUCCAGAGAUGAUCGUUCGUCUACAUCAUCUGCUGCUCGACUCGCGGUCACGGAUCCCAGAAAACGUGAAGCACGCACUCGAACUAGCCAACAUCGUCGCCGAUGCAAGAUAUGGAGUCGCCGAUGCCUUUGAUUACGACGGAGCAGGACGAGGUCUCAAGGGAUAUCUCGAGGCCUUACGUGUGGCGUUCUUGGCGGGGCUGGAGAACGGGGGUUCCGAUCCGUUCCGGGUCGUCUUGUCGUGAUGCAUUGAUGCUGACGGUGUGCUUUGUUCUUGUUCGCUUGUGUUGUAGUGAUCUGCUCUGUUCUUCGAAUUCCAUUGUGCUGACCGUUUUGAAUGGUACAUCCAC